ACACACACACACACACACACACACACACACACACACACACAUACAUACAUACAUAUGCGAUAUGUAAACAGUUUUUCGACUUUAGAUUCCGCCCUUGAUCUCGAUUGUCUAUCGCCUUGCAAAACUCCCGUAAGCAGCCGAAAAUCAAAAGCAAUUUUUUUUACAAAGUCUAUACGUCAAAACUAACAAAUCUCGAUAUCAAAAAGAUCAAUGAGUAGGAAAGUAGUCUGACGCAAGAACCUACCUGCGACAGGUAGAUCCGACAACUACGGUGACAGAAAAUUCAAUGUUAUUUUCAGCGAUGCAUUUAAUAGUAAUGACGGUUUAAUAAUAAUGACAAUACUUCUUUUGUAACCAAAAGAAAACGCAGACAAGAGUGAAAUCUUUCAGAAACCGCGAGCUGUUUUACGAGCUAUCACGUCAGAAUAGCGGGACGAGUGAGAAAGUCUCAAAUGCCAUUUCUUGUCUUAUUUUCGUUAAUUCGCUCUGUGGAAUCGAGCUCGAUGCACAGUUUGAAUACAAAUAAAAGAGAAUCAAACAUUGGACGGUAUUUUAAUAUGUUACGGCAAAAAAAUACGAUAGAAUCGUAAGACGCGAACCAUAUCUGCCUGAAUUUCAGUAUCUCAUCAAAUUAUGAUAUUGAGUGUAAUUAAAAUUAUGCAACAGUGUAGAACAAAGUACAAUUUAUUCUCGUAAGCUUUUGUCACGUCAUACGAAAGAAAAUUGCAUUUAAAAUAUUUAAUUCUUUGAAACUCAUCAAAUGGUAUGGUUCAACGAUUUAGAAAUCAUCAGGUAGACGCAAUGAAAGUAGGAAUCAGUAUUGCCGAAAAAACGAAUGCAGUCGCAUUCGAAAAGAAUUGGAUCUUCAAUAUUGUAUACUAAAAGCGAUCGUGCACAUAUCAGUAGCAAUUAGUAGAUUUUAAUUAAAUGCGUUUUCGUUUGAACCGCAUUGCGCCGCUCCAAGACGAUCCAAUUUUCGGCCAUCUCUGUGAAUGAGUACUGGUGGAAUAAAGUAAUUAAACGAAUACAAUCACACGAGCGACAAUGAGGUUAAUCCGACAAUGCUACUAAUUAGCGUGUAAUGUUAACCGUCAAUUAUUGUACUUGCUGCAUCGAUCCCAACUGUGACGAGCCCGACUCGUACGGCGUACUUAAUAAUCAAAAUAAAGCUCACGAACGAUGCGGAUCCUCGACUUAUAAGCACUGCGUAGGAUCAAAUCGAAAUAAGAUAUAUGAGCAUAAAAAUUAACAAAUUGUAAAAUUAUAAUUUUAUAUUGAUUUAAAUUCUUUAUAUUGAUGAAAAGGAUCUGUAAAAAAUAUUUAAGGAACUCGAUAUCUUAAAUUGUAUAGAAAGAUAGAAAGAUUUUUUUUAAACUGAGGCAUAAACAGGUAUUCGAGGAUCAUCAUCGUAAAAGAUCAUUAAACGCUUAGAAUUUAGGACAUUUUCCUUACAGCUUAUGCGAACGCGAGACUUUCUCGAAUCCCGACGAAAACGGAGGGAACUGCGCAGCGAGUGCAAAGCGCAUCAACAUGCGUUUAGAAUGUGAGAGUGCGAUAGGAAAGCGCGAGGGUGUCUUCUGCCACAGUAAAGUCAAUUUUAUUGAGCGCAUCGCGUACACGCAAUGUUGAAUUUACGGACGAUGUUAAGCUACGACCUUCGUGGCAGCAAAAUUGAUACGAUUCAAUUUCUCAAAGUCGUGUUAACAGGAAAUGCCUACGUCCGCGACGAGAUUCUAUCGGGACAAAAGCGUGAAAACGAAACAUGAAAAUUUCGUUGGACGUACCUCGCGCAAGACUCUCGAAUCUCUUCGAUACAAGCGAUUUGUUAAUUUUCGGAAGGAACCUUCAACUAUAUCAUGAUUGAAUUUGAAGAACGUACAUAUUAUAAGAAAUCAACUUGGAUCUGAAUAAAUAAUAUAACACAAUCUUGUGCAAAUUUGGUGAUGUAAAAAAUAAUAGUUGUACGUAAAAUUAUGAACUUGAUUCAAAAUUAUAAAAAGAGCAAGUUAAAAACAAAUAGCGUAUUUCAGUAUAUUUAUAAUGAGAGGAUGUCUGUUUUAAUUAUAUUUUAUCUCAUCGCUAUAGUUGAGGGUUAACAAUGAAAAAAGAAAGAAAUGUGACGAAGAGAAGAUAAUGUAAUCGUUGGCAAUAAUCUUCGAGCUAAGGAGGACAAAGGUGUAGAGAAAAGACGAAAAGAAAGUUUGAUCUGUGCGAUAGUAUGAAACACGUAUAUCAGCUAAACGUAACGAGGACGACUUUAUUAUACUUUUUAUUAUAUAAGGCAGAAUUUGUAGACAGUUUAUAUUAGGCCGAUGUUGACACGGCGAGCCUUAUCCUGCAAAUAGGCCCAAUUGUCGUUUGUAAUUUCAGCAUAAUGCUUAACGACUUCGAAAUUUCGCAUUUUAUCUUUUAGAGAAAAUACCGAGAAUUUCUACUUUAUUCGGAAUUAAACGAAGCUGAACAUUGCCUUCCGUUCGAACUAGCGGUAUCAUCUCGUUUCUCUUCUUACAUUGCGUUGCAACAACAAUUCUUUCUUCGAAACCACAAAACAAAAUGUCAAAAAUUGUAAGCGAAAUCAAGGGGCGCGAGUUGCACAAAAUCAAAAUCGUCCGAUGGUUGAAUAUGCCGAGGACAUUGGACGCGAACGUAGAGAAAAUUUCAUGACGAUCUCUCACGCUCCAUGAUUAACGCUUGCACCGACACUCAUUAUAUUCAAAAGCGCGUUGAGAAAUGACAAACUGAUAACGAUCGAUAUUAGUAACAGAACGUUUAUAUCGUAGCGAAUAAGCGCUAACAAUUAGAGAACGAGUAGCGUACGUUUUCGGUUCAUCUACUACUAUACUGCGAGCUUCUUAGAAAUUUUCAAGAGGCAAUGCUCUCUUCUCUUCUCGAAUGUAUACAAUAUAUCCUUGACUGCAUCUCGGAUCUCAUUGACUCGCGCUUGACAAAUAAGACGAGAGAUAUAAAAAAGAGGCUUGAGCGGUUGAUUUUAUCGAGUCUAUUUUUAGUAGUUUUGUUCAAAGACUAAACAGACGAAGUAAGGGAAAAAAAACGAAACUUAAAAGAUUAUAUUACGCGAUGUGUUGCGACCUGUAAGAAUCGAUAAUGGAUAUACAACAAAUCAAAUAAAACGUUACGAUGAAUGUUAGCCCAACUAGAAUUAUUUUUCUUAUUUUCAUCUCUUUGCCUCUUCCAGUACAACGCGAUGUACUCUACACAGCGAGCAAUAUGCAUACAUUUCUCUCAUGAGAGUUAUUAUUAUACCGUAUAUCAUCACGUUUGUCGCAUGAAUCAGGGUUGGAAAUCUACCGUUACCGUUUGAGAUAGUUUUUGUUCUCAUAAUUCCUAUCAUACAUCAGCAGAGGACGUAUCUACAGAUCUCUUAAUCCAAAGUGCACAUAAGUGUCUUCUUUAGCUUUAGUAUAUUUCUAGAUUUUGCAGCAAGCUUGGCCAAAAGUUUGUCAAUUGUGAAAAAAAAAAUGAAAUACUUUGUCAUCUACUUUGCCGUAUGCUUUGUCAAGAUUCCAAAUGUGGCUGCGAUCGAAGGAAUAAGGCGAUUGAGCGUAUCGUCGCUUCUGACGCAGACAGCCGGCACUGGCAUCAGUUGGCGAACAAAGAACUGGAAGAAUCUCUUUCGUAUCAUUGGAACGUGAAGAAGGCGAAAAACGUGAUUCUCUUUGUGGGAGAUGGGAUGAGUCCGGAUACCAUAACGGCUAGCAGAAUUUAUCGUGGUGGAGAGACUAGUCGACUCGCCUGGGAGCAUUUUCCCCAUAUCGGGAUACUAAAGACGUACACCACGGACAAACAAGUCCCUGAUUCGGCUUCCACCGCUACCGCUUUGUUCGGGGGAGUCAAGACGAAUUACGAAGUCGUAGGGGUAGACAUGAACGUACAAUUGGGAGAUUGCGAGGCAAGCUUGAAUACGAAUUUUCACGUGGAUUCGUUCAUAACGUGGGCUCAAGCAGCCGGUAAAGCUACAGGCUUUGUGACGACUACCAGAGUUACUCACGCAACUCCGGCACCGCUUUACGCUCAUUGCGCAAAUCGUAGAUGGGAAUGCGAAGCAAAAAUGCCUAAAAACACUGCUGCUUGUAAAGAUAUCGCCAGGCAAUUAGUGGAAGAUGAGCCAGGAAAAAAUAUUCGAGUAAUUAUGGGUGGUGGCAGACAGGUGAUGAAAUCCAAUGUGAGCGCGGGCGAAUUUGAUCCGAUAGAUACAUGGGCUUGUUACAGACAAGACGGUCGUGAUCUCAUUGAUGAGUGGAUGAGAGAUAAAUCCAGUAGAAACUUAGCUUACAAAGUCGUGCAAAACAACGAAGAAUUGUCCCAGGUCGAUAUCGAUAACGUAGAUUAUCUACUCGGAAUUUUCGCUAACGGUCACAUCGAGAUGGAUUGGAAAAGAGAGCGAGGUCCGAAAGGACAACCGAGCCUGGAAGAAAUGACCGUGGCGGCUUUACGAAUUUUACAAAAAUCUAAACAGGGAUAUUUUUUAAUGGUCGAAGGUGGUCUGAUUGAUUACGCUCAUCAUCGCGGACGUGCUGCUCAAGCGUUGCUAGAAACUGUCCGAUUUUCGGACGCCGUUAACGCCACCCUUAGAAUGAUCAACUCCGACGAUACCCUCGUGAUAGUCACGAGCGAUCACACGCACUCAAUGAGUUUUAAUGGAUAUAGCCCUCGAGGUUCAUCUAUUUUGGGAAUUGCUCAGAAAUCUAAACACGACGGGAUACCCUAUACGACUUUAUCCUAUAGCACAGGUGGACCGAACAAUGUCGCUUAUACCGUGAAUAACGACGGUCAAGCCGUGAGAAUCGAUCCUUCCAAAUCGAAUACCAGCGAUUUUACUUAUAGCCAACAAGCUACAAUCAUAUCGGACGAAGCUUAUCACGGUGGUGGAGACGUAGCUGUAUACGCUAUAGGACCGUAUGCGCAUCUCUUUCAUAGCGUGCACGAACAGAACUACGUGGCACAUGUCAUCGCAUAUGCUGCGGGUAUCGGCGAGUAUUCCAACAACGCAGGAGUAUCACACCACAUUCUGAACGCAAUUCUUUUAUAUGGUACUUUAAUCUCGUUGACUUUAAUCGCAUAUAAAUAAAUCUGCAAACGAAUAAAAGUA